GAGCUAAGCUUAGCCUGAGCCCCGCCCACUAAAGUCACAUGCAGCUCCAGCCGAGCGCACUGCGCAUGCUUGAAUCCUCCGAGCACAUGGGUUUUCUUUUCCAUCAUCAAGCCUAGGAUAGGAUCUAGGAGGAUAAGGUGAGAGAUGGUGAACACGAAAGGUUAUCGCCGUGGUACUCGAUACCUCUUCAGAAAAGCCUUCAAGAAGAAUGGAGUGGAACACUUGUCGACGUACAUGAAAGUGUACAAAGUUGGUGACAUCGUAGACAUCAAGGGUAAUGGUGCUUUUCAAAAAGGAAUGCCGUACAAGUUCUACCAUGGGAAAACUGGUAGAGUGUACAAUGUCACCAAACGAGCAGUUGGUGUGAUAGUCAACAAACCCCUCAGAAAUAAAACUCUGAGAAAGAGGAUCAAUGUCCGGAUUGAGCAUGUACAUCACUCUAGCUGCCGUGAUGACUUCCUCCGACGAGUGAAAGAGAACGAGGACAAGAAGAAAGCUGCACUGGCCAAGGGGGAGACUGCUGUGUGCAAAAGACUGCCCUUGGCCCCACGCCUGGGUCACUUUGUUAAGAUGAAUGGAAAGGAGGCUGAACUAGUUGAACCAAUCCCAUAUGAGUUUGUUGCAUAAACAUGUUUGAAUCUUUCAUGAUGGAGAUAAUAUCAAUUUUUGAAGUUUAA